CAGGGUCUUUCUUAACAGACCUGGAGGGCAUGUAUAUGAAUUUUGGCAAGGAAUAGUUGACUUAUACAGCUAACUUAUGCAUGUAAUUAUGACUCCUGGAUGUGUAGAGCAGAGUACCAAGCCAAAAAGCAGUCAUCACUUACCGUUCACGAUCGACCCCUCACAAAGCAGUCCUGCUAUCAAUUAAAGGAACUAAAAUGGAAAACCACUUCAGCCGAAGAAUUCGAAUCCCUGCUUCGCCAAUGGAAGGGAUCUACGGGCCCUUGUUGACCUGGGUAAAAGCGCGCACACGAUUACUGCUCCUUCGUGUCCAUCGGAAUCGUUAAUAUA